AUGCAGCUCCGCAAGUAUGAGGCCAGCUCUGGCAGCAAGGACAUGGGAGACAGCAUGGCCUUCAGGAAGCAGCUGGCCGUUCUGUCGGAGCGCUGCGCGAGGGCCGAGGCGAAUGCGACGCUGGCGAACGGCGAGGAGGACAAGCGAGUGGUCAGGGAGCAGCUGCAGAUGCAGAUUGCGGACUACGAGUCCUUCCGGGCCCAGGCGGCCGCUUCGGCGAGGGCGCCCGAGGAGCAGCUCCAGGCACGGCUGCCAGCCGCCCGCAGGCUGCCCCGAGCCGCAGACAACGGCUCCACUCCGGCCGAGCCAGAGCAACCCGCGCCGACCCUGCAGGGCGGGUCGCCCCGGGGCGAGGAGGUGGAGCGGGCGGUCCGGAGCGCGUUCCCGGGCGCCGAGGUGGUUGUGCGCCCGAUGCGGGGCCCGCGGGCGUCCCCGGCGCUGGCCCCGGACGCCUCCUCCUCGCUGGCGGGGAGCGAGCAAGCCCCCGGCGGGGGCGCCAAGGCCGCGGAGGAGCUCCAGGCUGUGCGGAAGGAGCUGGUGGAGGCGAGCUCCAAGCAGCUGGAUGCCCAGAAGGUCGCCGAAGUGAUGCGCCUUGAAUGCACGAGGGCCGAGCGACAGGGCAAGAAGUCCGCCCGACAGGUGGAGGUUGUCAGCGCCCUCUUCUCCCGCGUACACGCGGACUUGCAGCAGCAAAUCGGGGAGGUCCGGUCCGCGCGGCGUGAGGCCCGCCGAGCGCAGAGCGAGGCGGUGCUGGCGCAGAGGCUGCAGGCAGCCGGCGAGGCGGCAGCCGUGGAGAGGGCUGCUGCCGUGGAAGCGCAGGCAGCCCGGGCCGCGGCCGCUGAGGCCGCGCUGGCCGAGCUGCGGGUGAAGCUUGAGGAGCAGGACCGCCUGAGGUCGGAGCUGGAGCGGGAGAUCGAGGUGGCAAAGCAGGACUCAGCUUCGGUCGCAGGGGCGGCGGCCGUGGAGGGCGCCGGGGCCGCGGAGGCGCAGGCAGCCAGGGCUGCUGCGGCGGAGGCUGCUCUGGAGGAGCUGAGGGAGAAGCUGGGCGAGCAGACCCGCCUGCGCGACGAGCUGCAGCACCAGAUCGACGCGGCACAGCAGGCCUCCUCCUCGCAAGAGUUGCUGGCCGUGGAGGUGGCCCGGGCCGCUGCUGCGGAGAGCACCGUGAAGGAGCUGAAGGAACAGUUGGAGGAGCAGAACCGUCGGCAGGAACAGCUGCGGCAUGAGAUCCAGGCGGCUGCGCGGGCCUCCUCCAACGGCGGCCUCGUGACCGAGGAGCUGGAGCGCCUCAAGCGCGAGGUGGCCAUGGCAGGCCUGCGCGAGGGCCGUCUGCAGGAGGACCUGGAGCGGGAGAAGGCGGCCUGCGCCGAGGCGCUGUCGCAGUUUCAGAAAGUCGGGGCCAUCGAGGAGGAGUCUGCGUUGCUGGAGCGUUCCGAGCUGGAGGGUCGCAUCCUGAGCCUGCAGGAUCACCUUGAGGAGGAGACUGAGCAGGUAGAAAUGCUGGUCGCGGCACACGAGGAGAUCUUGGAGCUUUCGGAGAGGCUCAAGGUGGAGAAGGCCCAGCUGGCCAAGGAGCUGGAGGCUUCCAGGGCAGAGGCCAUGGAGGCGCAGGAUGAGGUGAUCUCGGCGGCGCGGAAUCGUAUAGAGCGCCUCCGCGACGAGCAGCGGAUCGAAGUGGAGGAGCUGACGGAGUUCUUCCAGGCGCAGCUCCGCAGUGGGAAGGCGCAGCAGGCAGCACUGGCCGAGGAGCAGCGCAAGGCCGUCGAGGCACUGCACGGGGAGCUCGACGUGGUUCGCAGGGAACUUGGCGCCUCGCGCGAGGGCAGAGAGAAGUUGGAGCGUACGAUCUCCGAGCUUUCCGAGAGCCUCCGCAGGGGCGCGGCUGAGCGCGAGGCGCUGGACCAGCAGCUCGCGGAGCGCCAGGGCGUCGCCGAGCACUGCGCCUCCCUGGAGCAGCAGCUGGAGGCCUCCGCGGCGGCGUCCCGGGAGCAGCAGGUGGCCAGGGAGGCAGCCGAGGCCGAGCUGGAGCGGUCGAGGCGCGCGGAGGCCGACCUGCGGGAGGCCUCGGAGGCGGCCGGUCGCACGGCUCGGGAGGCCGCCGAGGCGCUCGCGGCCGCGGAGGCACGCCUGGAGGAGCUGGCCGGGGCCCGGGAGGCGCAGCUGCGGGAGCUCGAGGAGGCGCGAGCGGCGCUGGAGGGGGCCGAGCGGGCGAAGGCAGAGGCCGAGGCUGCAGCUGCAGCCGCGAGCGCGGCCGCGGGCGCGGAGGACGCCCAGCUGGCAGACGCGCAGGCGCAGCUGCGGCAGGCGGGGGCGGAGCAGGAGGCCCUGCGGGCCCAGGCGGUCGAGGCAGAGGGGAGCCUGGAGCAGGCGCGCGCAAGGUGCGAGGACCUCUCGAGCCGCCUGGGCGAGGCCGAAGGGCGACUGUCCGAGAUGGUCGAGAAGCGCAGCGCGCUGGAGGCGGAGUGCGAGGCGCUCCGGGCGCAGGCCAGCGCGGAGCAGGGCACUCUGCACGCCGCGCUGCAGGCGGACCUGGCAGCGGCCCUGUCCAACUGCCAGGCGCUGGAGCUCCGCCUCGGGGAGGCAGAGGCUGCGAGCGCAGCUGCGCAACAGAGGCUCCAUGAUCAGGCCGCGAGCUCCACGAUUGAGAGCGACAGGGCUGCCGCUGUUGCUCAGGAGCAGCUGCAGCAGCAGAUGCAAGCGUUGGAGGCGCGCCUGGCGGAGGCAGAGGCCGCUCGCGCGUCCACGCAGCAGCAGCUUCAGGACCUGGCGGCGACCGCGGCUGCGGAGCGCGACGAAGCGGCGGCCGCAGGGCAUCGGGCACAGCAGCAGGUGCAGGACUCCCAGGCCCAGGCGUACAUGAUGCAGGUUCAGGAGCAGGCCAAGGCGGCAAUCGCCGCCAGGGACGAGUUCAUCGCGACGGCGCAGCAGGACCUCCAGACCGCCCAGGCCGAACGUGCCGCCCUGCAGCAGCAGCUCAAGGAGGCCCACGACCUCGACGCUGCGCGGGCCGCGCUGGAGCAGCAGCUCCAGGAGGCCCGCAGCAGCGUCACCCAGCUCACCACCGAGCGGGACGACCUGUCGAAGAGACUGGCGGGCACGAGCGAGGAGGCGGAGAGCCAGUCCGCGAGCUGCGAGGACCUCCGGCAGCGGCUGGAGGGGCUCCAGGAGUCGGCCGCCCGCGACGAGGCGAAGCAGAAGGCAGACCGCGAAGCACUGCAGCGCCAGAUCCAAGCCCUCCGCGAGGAGAAGAUGGCCACGGAGGAGAAGCUUGCGCAGACCGCUGCAGACCUCGGCCAGCUCGUCGCCGCAGGAGACGUGGAGGAGGAGCAGUUCAACAAGGAGAGGGCCGGCCUGCAGGAGAAGCUCGCCGAGGCUGAGCAGGCGCUCUGCGCCUCCGCUGCCGAGAGCGAGUCGCUCGCGCAGCGGCUGGCGGCUGCGCAGCAGGAGCACGCCGCUGCGGCCGCCGCAGAGCGCGAUGGGGCAGUGGCCACCGCCAAAGAGCAGAUGCAGAAGCAGCUGCAGGAGCAGGCCACCGCUGCCGCCGCAGAGCGCGACGCGGCAGUGGCAGCUGCCAGGGAGCAGCUGCAGAAACAGCUGCAGGAGCAAGCUCAGGCCUACAUGCUCCAGGUCCAGGAGCAGGCGAAGGCCGCCAUCGCCGCCCGGGACCAGUGCAUCGCUCAGGUCCAGCAGGACCUCCUGGCUGCUCAGGCCGAGCGAGCGGCCAUGCUGGAUCAGCUCGGGAAGACCCAGGAGACCGGCAGUGCCGCAGAGAUGUUGUCGCAGCAGCUCGAGCAGGCCCACAGCAGCGUCGCCCAGCUCACCAUGGAGCGGGACGAACUGUCCAAGAAGCUGGCAGGCGCGAGCGCGGAGUUGGAGAGCCAGUCCGCGAGCAGCCAGGAGCUAGCGAAGGUCACAGCCGAGUGUUCGGACCUGCGGUCGCAGCUUGCGCAGGCGCAGGGCAACGAGGACCUGCUCUCGGCAGAGCGGCACGGCCUGGAGCAGCAGCUCGCGGGAAAGAGCGAGGAGCUCCGGAGCUUGUCGGCGCAGGUCGGCGCCCUCACCGCUCAGCUGCAGCAGGGCGGCGCGACCAGCGAAGCGCUCGCAGCGGCCACCGCCGAGUCCGCCGCGCUGAAGGCGGGCCUGGCUGACGCUCAGGCCCAGGUCAGUGCGCUGACCGAGCAGCUGCAGCGAAACGGUGCUGCUACCGGGGAGAAGCUGGCCGCAGCGGCGGCGGAGACCGCGUCCCUGAAGCAGAAGCUGGCGGAGGCCGAGGCGCAGGCCUGCGCUCUGUCUUCGCAGGGCGAGGCGCUGGCAGCGCUGACCAUGGAGUCGGGUUCGCUGAAGCAGCAGCUCGCAGACUCGAACGCACAAGUGGCUGAGGCGCAAGUCCAGUGUGCCUCUCUCGCUAAGCAGCUGCAGGAGAGCGCGCGGGCGAACGAGGAUCUCAUCAAAGGCUCGCUGGAAAUGGACCCGCUCAGGCAGCGGCUUGCGGACGCCGAGGCGCUGGUCGGGGAGCUCACCCAGAAGCUUCAGCAGGGGGCCAACUCGAGCAGCGAGUUGGCCGCCCUCUCUGCGGAGUCUGGCACGCUCAGGGAGGAGCUGAGCUCCGCACAGAGCAGCCUGCUCCAGCUGACAGCUGAGCGUGAGGCGCUCAGGGCCAGCCUGGCGGAGGCUGGCGACAAGUACGAGCAGCUCCAUGCCACCCACGAGCUGCUGAGUGCUGAGCUGGAGAAGCACAGCGGGCUGGCAGCAGGGAGUGGCGGCCCUGCAGGUCCCCAGACUUUCAACAUCGCCGACGACAACGACAUCGAAGAGGUCGAGGGGCUAUCCAGGAGUCGGGCGACAAGCGGUCCCGCCAGUCCUCAGAAGGACCAGCCUUUACUGGAGAGCGAACUCGCAGAGGUCGACACGCUGCGCUCGGAGCGCGACACCCUGCGGGCGGACCUCGAGUCUCUGAGAGGCCGGCUGCAGCUGGCAGAGGACCAGCGGGCCGCCCCAGCAGGCGUGGACGAGCGCCUGGUGGAGGCGGAGCAGCAGGUCCGGGAGGCGGAGGCGGAGCGCGCGGAGCUGGAGAAGGCCUUCCUCUCGCAGAUGGAGCAGGCGCAGCGCAGUCUGAACGACAAGGUCAUGGAGAGCAGCAGGCUGCAGCUGGAGGCCGACGCCCUCCGGCAGGAGCUGGCCGACGCGAGGCGCGCCCAGGGAGCGGGCGCGGUCGCCUCGGCGCCCGCCGCGCCGCCGUCGGGCGGCGACGUGGCGCAGCUGCGGCAGAGGAUCGGAGCGAUUGAGGAAGAGAAGCAGAUGAUGCUGGAGCACAUGCGGGAGCACAUCUCGCGGCUCGCGCACGAGAACCUCGAGCUGAGGCGGGCACUCGGGGGCAGCGGCGCCACCGCGGAGGGUGGCGACCUUUCCGCCCAGGACGGCCCGGGCGACCUCCCGGCGCCCUCCAGGGCCGAGGCGGGGAGCAGCGGCGGCCCGCUGAAGUACGCCCUCUCGCCCUUCCUGUCGGGCAGCGACCAGCCCGAGGCGCAGGCGCAGGCCCUCACCACCGGGGCGCAUCCGAAGCUGGUUUUGACGUGA